AUGCCGAAGUAUUCAGACAUCGAGGUGCCACGGUGGCGGAAGCUUUCCCAAAAGGAAACCGCUGAGUUAGCGGAUCACCAAAUCUCUUCCGAAUGCUGUAGCGCUGAACGAUUGGAGAGUCUGGUUGCGAAAAAGCACCUGCGCCUUGCAAAAGAGGAACGGUUAUACUUUGAGGGCAAGCGCCAGGAGAUGCCAUCUAUAGAAUCUGAUGAUGCUUCUGACAUUGAGGGAGUGGAUCUCUCUCCCUUGUUAGUAUGUUCACUAACAGACUCUGAACGUGCCCAAUAUGAUCGUUUUGGGCAACUUCACAGUGGGCGAGAGCUUAUACAAAGGCCUCGGUAA